AGGUACAUAUUUAGAUGCAUGUUGCGGCAAUAAUCUGUUUUACCUUUGGAUAAUUUGGAUAUGCUUUUAUUUCGUUACUAAGGAGCUUUCAUCUAGUGGCUCGCUGCCACGUUGCGGAUAUGAACGAUUGAAUGGUUUACAUACUAUCAACUUCCAUUUUUCCCUAAGGGUCUAGGACGUGUCUCGGAUUGAUGAGCUGAAAUCUUCAUUGGGUUAAAGCAGAAUGUUCACCUCUUCUAUAACGUCAGUGGAGCCAACAGCCUUGCUUCUGCCAAUUUUGCUUUUCCUCUACGUGAUUGCGCGAAGGCUGGCGUAUCGUGAGACAUGUACGACGCCACUGAUGCGGAGUUCGGUGUCUUCGUGGGGGAAUCGUCGUGGUUUCCACGCAGGAAAUUAAUACACCGCUCCCGAUGUCCACGAUCUUGUCUGAUUCGGUGGUGAAAGCCUCGUGGGGUUUUAUGCAUGAUGGCGUUGCGCAAUCCGGGUCCCUGCCUUCGUGGUUCUUGAUAUAUAUUCAUUGGAUCAUCUCAUCCCCGCCCCCUUUUCAUCAUCUCAUUUAAUCCGCAUUUACUUCUACGCGACAGAAUAGGCUGGGUUUGAAAAAACACUCAAAAUGAGUGUAGGGGACCUAAUCCCGCAACUAGCGGGCCUCUCGCAUCACUUACUGGGCUCGCGACCGGUUGGACUCGGUGGACAGAAUUUCACACACUGCUGCCUGCUGGCUCUAAACGACUCACUGACUAUUGGUUCUGAUGGCAACCUAUCAUACGCGCAAACCUCAUUCGUGGCGCCCGGAGUCGCGAUCGAGGAUUUCGAAGCCGCAGUUCAAAACGAUGACUUUCCAUGCGGCGCGACCUUUAGCGGGGACAUGAGCGGAGCGCCAGUAGUCCGGGUCCCAUACCACUGGUGUGAGAGACAGUGUCCCGGAUGGGAAAUUUCGAAUACAGACGCCAUGCAGCAAUGGAUCGGGCCUUUGGUACAAUUCAUCGUACCCAGCCUCGCAUUCUGCACCAACGUCCCGCGAAACCGUAAACUCGCCAUCCCGGAAAUCGUCUUCAAAGCUCACCCACGCACUCUGAUCGGUUUCAUGACAUAUUGGAUUCGGCUGUUGGGUGCUGUUAUUCUUAUGACGAUUGAUACGGUAGUCUGGCUCGCGAUUUGCUUCGCGUUCGCGGGACCUAUGUUGUUGAGCGCUAUGUAUGAAUAUGCGCUUGAUCGGAAGGUUCUUGAGUUUAUGUCUCCGACUGAUGGGAAGCCGCCGGAUAUUUCUGUUCGGUUGAAGGCACAGUUAUUGCUUUCUGUUGUCGUUGGGAAUAUUCGAAUGGCUACGCUUGAGAAGGAUGAGUUGCCAAAUCCUAGGCCUGGGCGACAUGAUAGUGCUAUAUCGGCCGACUUGGAGAGGAAAUUACCUGCUCGGGGUCGCACGUUGAGCAAAUUCGUACAUAAUAGUGUUUUUAAGAGGGUUAUGGUUAUGGUUGAUGAAUACGAAGCGGCUAAGGCGGCUGGACGGCGUAAUGAUGAGGUUGUCACUUUGUCGACGAAACUCAAGGCUCUCCUGAAUUCCCAAGCAAGUUUCGGGUCGGCUGUUGGAGCGCCUGUCUUGUUUUUCUUAGGAGGCUUCAUUUACACCGUUCUGGACUCCGAUAGUAGCUUAGGCGACAACGAUACCGCACACGCACUUGCGUUUGGAUUGUGGUGGAUGGUGAUUCCAUACCUUGCUAUUAUCUCUUGCGCAAUGUUAGCAUCCAACAGCCCCAGCACACUCGACGGAAUCGUAUACGACGGCGGCACCACCGCCCUAGAGGACGAAUACGGAGUUAGCUUCUGGGGUGGAUACGUUAAGAAGAUCAAAACAUACAAAGGCAUCGGAACCAUGAUAAAACAGCUAGAAGGUUACAGCCCGAUCGAAACUGCCUUCGAAGGCCGCUUCAAAACCGUAAAACUCUGGAAGCGCGGACUAAACAAGCGUGAAUGGAUACAAGAAGCGAUCAGCGAGUACGCAAUCUCAUCCGCCUACCGAGGAACAACCCGGAUAUCCCCGAUCGAACUGCGUAAAAUGCUCAGCUUGAACUUUAUCGACUGCUUCUACGUCUUCGUAUGCUCGCUCUUUGCGGUGCUGGUACCUUGCUGCCUCGCAUUCCUCGUUUCGUUCACGACCCCUCAAGCAGGGCUCUCCUGUCGGAGUCUUACGUAUCUCGUCUAUGCCAUUAGCCAAGUCUGUGAGAUGGCGUUGUGGACUUGUGCUGCGAGAUUGAGGAUUCGGUAUGGCACGAGAUGGUCCGAGACGAACCCGAUGGCGAAGCGGAUAUGUUGGUGGGGUCAGGUAUUUGUGGGUUUCUUUUCGAUAUUUGCAGCGGUUGGGGGUACGUCUAUGCAGUUGCUGGGUGUUUAUCGCAGUUGCGCAUGCGAGGUGCCUGUGAGAUAUUGGCCACGACUAAACGACCCUGAAGCCUAUAUCGUUCUGAGCGAUAACUCCGCCGAAGACAUCGAAGCGGCACAACGUUGGUGGACUAUCACCGGUAGCACAGGUGUGGGAAUCGUCGGGAUUGUGUGCGCGCUCGCAUGGUGGCACCAAAGGCGGCUUCGGAAGGUGUUUCGGGAUGAAGCCGAUAAGCUAGACAAUAUAGUAGACGAGCCAAUAGUGAGGCGCCCAGAAUGGUAGGAACGGCUAGAGUCAGUAUCAGAUAAUGUGAAACGAAUCUGAAGGUAUUUUUUCUUUAUAACUCAAAUGCAUUCUCCUUUGGGCUCAAUAGCCAGAACUCAACGCAAACUACCUUUAGUGUACAAUAUACAUAAAGGUGAUAAAUGCUUCGCGAUAAUAUGCCGAGAUGGCGACAAAUGCAACCCUUCGCCCAUACACAUCGAGCAG